GCUUCAAGGAGAUCGUGGACGCGGCGGUGGACCGUGCGUUAACCAUCGAGGAAGCAGAGGACGAGGGCGAGGCAGACCGCUUGCGACAAGAAGCUCGAAGCAGCAAGGCCAGCGUCUGCCUAGGGCCCCCUGGCACUGGCAAGACCACCGUGAUCUUCUCUUGCAUCGAUCGUGCUCUGGCCAAGGGUGGCAAAGUUUUGAUGGCUCUGCCGACGGCCCAGCUGUCCAGUCGCAUGAAGGCGCGCUACGGUCACAAGGUCGACAUCGACACCUGCCACGCCGCUUUCGGCCUACAUGAGUCUGCUGAGCACGGGGAGGCCUCCUUGCUAAGCAUGUACUCCCUCAUCGUCGUAGACGAGCUCUCGCAGCUGGAUAUGGUCAACUUCGAGAAGAUCCUGAAGCUCUGGGCAGCUGCAGAUCGCGCGCCGGCACUAGCGCUGCUGGGCGACCGGUACCAGAUGGCCGGCAUGGGAGAACAGCGGCCCUGGCAUGGGCGCCUCUGGAACACAUUGUGCUAUCGGGUGGCUUUGCACAAGAUGUACAGGUGCAAGGACAAGGUGCACGCCAAGCUCCUGGCAGUACUCAGGCCUCCGGGCCCACCCACAGUGAAGGGACUCCGGAAGCUUCUGAAAUCGAAGCCCGACACCACCAUCCUCAUCUGCACCAGGCGGGGUGCUGCUAUAGUCAACGGAGCUGCUUUGAAGGCCCUCUUCCCUCACUAUCCUCCGCUGGCAACAUUGCCGGCUGACGUGGACUCCAACCCCGAGAACUGCGUGCGGGGCAAGCUGAAGCCGGCCGGCGAGCUGCAGCCCUCCGCCAUGCCUGUCUACAAGGGCAUGAAGGUGUACUUGACGCGCAACGCGCGGAAAGACGUCGACUUCGUCCACGGCAUGGAGGCGACGGUCCUGAAGUAUGACGACGGCACGGGCGGCCUCCUGGUGCGCACCACCACCGGCUUCGUGGUCAGCAUUUGGCCUUGGACCGACCCGGACAGGGGUGGCUUGGUCUACUACCCCGUCCGGCCUGGCUACGCGUCCACCAUCCUGAAGUUUCAAGGCGCAGAGCUGCCUCAUGUCGUCGUCUACUUGGAUGCCCCGAAGGUUCCCGCCGCAGCCUACACGGCCAUCAGCAGGGUCGGCUACUACAAUGACUUCCUGCUGGCGGGCAUCUUCACGGAGCGUGACGUGAUUAGCAACAGUCGUUUCACCUCCCAGGCGCUACGUGCACAGGUAGCCCGCAACAUAUUUCAAGGGUUUCCAUUCGGAGCCACUGGUGCGGCGCGAGCAGUACACUGUGCUGGCAGCGCAGAGCACGGUGCAUGCUCAUUGCAGCUGUGGGCUGCAACUUCCCACAACAGACGGCGUCGCAGGUGCCAAAACAAGCUUGCCAGCACACGCCCCUGCGCCGUAUAUCACAAGUGA